UGAAAUGUGAUUCGUGUGAUUGGACUUUUUGCUUGAGCUUUUUACCAAAUAACCUGCAGGUGAUUUUGAUAAAUCACAUACUCAACAACGGAGAAUGGAGAAAUGUUUGGAAAUGCUCUGGAUUGAACUAAGCAAGCCUCUUUAUGUUAUUCUAGUUAUAACUGUGGAGAACAUGAUCUUGUUGAUUUUUUUUUUCUUUCACAUUAGUUAGUUAAUGUUCUAACUUCUAAUUAGGAAGAUUGUAAUCUGGUUAUGAUAUUGUUCCUUAAAUUUAGUGUUACUCGUUUGAAUUUUUUUUCUGCUGAUCAUGGCCAUUACAAGACUCAACAAUUGGGAAGGAAAAACUGUUUGGAUAAUGAUGAUACUGAUAUGAUUUGGUUGCGGGCUCUGCACUGCAGAACAGGACAGAAAGAGACCGAAUUAGUGUGAAAACUCGAUUACAAGCAAGCGAUGCAAUACAUGGUGGGAUAUCCAUGGAAUAUUAGGAAAGAUGGAGGAAAUUUCCAUGAAGCGUGUAGAUGACAUUCUGAGUUUCUUAAGGGUAAGAUUGAAAGGUGUUGCGAAAGUCUUAUUAUGGGAAAGGUAAUAUACCAUAAAGAUUCUAAAGCAGUCGUAAUAUUUGACUUUGAAGUCAUUUUCAAUGGGUCUACAACCAGAGAGAAAGAGCUAAUUGUUAAGCAUUGAGAGCAAAGAAAGU